AUGAUUGUGACCAUCUCGUCUCCUUCGUGUCUCGUUUCUUUCGAUGAGUACGGCAACGAAGAAGAACAUCUUCUCUCUGAACUUCAACUUCGAACCGAAGAAGAGGAAGAGGAAGAAGAGAUCUUGUGGGUUCCAUCUCCUCCGCCGAUGCCUGCAGAGAAUGAUGAGUUGUCAGCGACGUUUAUGUCUUGGUAUUUGGCGGGAUAUCAUACUGGAUUUUAUCAAUCGAUGAAAAAUAAAUUCCCGCAGAAAGAUGAACUUGAUUUUCAGAUUCGAUGCCGCGAAACGUCGAAGUGA